UGUGUUCCCUGAUUAGUAAUUGCUCUAUGCAUGCAUUGCUCUAUGCCUGCUGGAAGUAAGACCACUUCUUUAAGUACUUACCUUUCUACAUGCUUGUCUGUAGGUUCAUUUUAAAUACUUUACAACAUAGUAAUCGUCAUCAAUUCGAACAAGGAAGCUUCAAGUUACAGUAUAUAUGCCCUGCUGAGUAAAGGGUCUUUAGACUUGAUUGCCGAAGCUUUUGAUACAUUAGAAAGCUACAAUAUGACAUCUGGUUUCUAUGUGCAACCUUGUGAAGUCUAUGGCAAUAACAAAUGUGAUGAGGUUAUUGGUCUUGAUCUCAAUCUCUCAUCCAUGUCAUGCCUUCCCUUCCCUUCUCUUUCGACUCUGGAGAACAAUUCCGCUGUCUGGGAGAUUCCGUUCAUAGAUGAAACAAGAAAUCAUAAGAGGGUAAAGCUUGAAGAUAGUGCCAAUGAAUCCAUUAUAAGUACUAAUUAUAGUCUUUACAGUGGCAGUGGCACUGGCAGCAUGUAUACUAGUGGCUUCAAUAGCUUGUCAAGAAUUCAAUUCCGGGAUCACAUAUCAGCUUACACCCGGAGAUACUUGGCAGCAGAGAAAAUGGAAGAAGAAGCUUCAACCUUGCUGGGAGGCGAGCCCGAGGAAGAAGGAAGUGGAGAUGGAAUGAAACUAGUUCAAAAACUCAUUUCAUGCGCUGAGGCUGUGGCUUGUCGUGACAAAACUCAUGCUUCAGCAUUACUUUCUGAGCUUAGAACUAAUGCCCAAGUCUUUGGGACAUCAUUCCAGCGAGUAGCUUCCUGCUUUAUCCAAGCUCUCACUGACCGUCUUGCUCUCGUUCAACCACUGGGGGCUGUGGGAGUUACAACAAAGAUGAUUGCUGUUUCCUCAGAGAAGGAUGAGGCUUUGCACCUUGUUUAUGAGAUUUGUCCACAUAUCCAGUUUAGUCAUUUUGUAGCAAACACAUCAAUAUUGGAAGCCUUUGAGGGGGAGAGCUAUGUUCAUGUCAUAGACUUGGGCAUGACCCUAGGCCUCCUUCAUGGCUACCAAUGGCUCAACUUGAUGGAAAGUCUAGCCAGCCGAACGGGACAACCCUUACGCCGGCUUCGAAUAACUGGUGUUGGUGACUCUGGUGAACGCCUGGAAGCGAUUGGUAAUGAACUAAAGUUGUAUGCACAAAGCAUGGAGCUGGAUUUUGGUUUUUUAGCUGUGGAAAGCAACUUGGAAAACCUGAAGGCCGAAGAUUUCAAUCUCAUUGAUGGGGAGGUUUUAAUCAUCAAUAGCAUACUCCAGCUGCAUUGUCUUGUGAAAGAGAGUAGAGGAGCAUUGAACUCGGUUCUACAAACACUAUAUGACCUAUCACCAAAGCUAAUGGUUCUAGUUGAGCAGGACUCGAGCCACAAUGGGCCUUUCUUUCUUGGGAGGUUCAUGGAGGCAUUACAUAAUUACUCUGCCAUCUUCGACUCCUUAGAUGCAAUGCUGCCCAGAUAUGACACAAGGAGAGCUAAAAUGGAGCAGUUUUAUUUCGGAGAGGAGAUUAAGAACAUAGUAAGCUGCGAGGGACCUGCGCGAGUGGAGCGGCACGAAAGAGUUGAUCAAUGGCGCAGGAGGAUGAGGCGCGCUGGGUUCCAACCGGCACCCCUGAAGAUGAUUACACAGGCUACAAAAUGGCUAGAAAUGAAUGCUAGUGAGGGUUACACAAUUGUGGAAGACAAGGGUUGCUUUGUUCUUGGGUGGAAGUCGAAGCCUAUCAUUGCAGUUUCUUGCUGGAGAUGUUUUUGAAUCAAACCUCGUUUAACAUUGUGACUUUGGAGGCUUUCUGCCUCUCUUAAUCUCCAGUUUGCCAAAAAAAAAAAAACAUUGUGACUUUGUUGGCCGUAAAAAACUUGUGAAACUCACUAUGUUCCUACCUCUUGUCAAGGUGGGUUAAUUGCCGUCAACGUUGUACCUGAAUUCAUCUGUUGUAUAGUUAUACCUCUGGUCCAGGUGUUUGGGUAUCUAUUUGAGUUUGAAUUUGUGUGUAUUG